CAACCUGGCCCUGCCCCUCAGAAAGGGGAGGGGGGAGAGUCCGGGGGAGGGGGCCGAGCCGAGGGGGGGAGGGGGCCGUAGGAGGCAUCCCCUGCCCGUGAGGGCCUGAUGGAAAACACAAAGGACCUGACUGAACAUCCUUCACGGUCAGAAAGGAAGAGGCGUGACUCAUUCGGGAUGUUUGAUGGUUAUGAUAGCUGUAGUGAGGAUACCAGUAGUAGUUCUAGCUCUGAUGAGAGUGAAGAGGAAGUUGCCCCUUUACCCUCCAGUCUCCCAAUUAUCAAGAACAAUGGCCAGGUCUACACCUACCCAGAUGGCAAGUCUGGCAUGGCCACCUGUGAAAUGUGUGGAAUGGUUGGUGUCAGAGAUGCCUUUUACUCUAAAACCAAGCGUUUCUGCAGUGUUUCCUGCUCAAGAAGUUAUUCAUCGAACUCAAAGAAGGCCAGCAUUCUGGCCAGACUUCAGGUAACGGGAAAACCUCCAACUAAGAAGGCUAAAGUGCUACAAAAACAACCUUUAGUUGCUAAAUUAGCUGCAUAUGCUCAAUACCAAGCAACGGUACAGAACCAAUCAAAGACUAAAACAGCAUCAGUUCCAGUGGAAGGUUUCAAUUGGGGCAACUACAUCAGUAGCAAUAGUUUCACAGCAGCUCCUGUUAACUGUUUUAAACAUGCACCUAUGGGAACUUGCUGGGGUGACAUCUCAGAAGGUGUGCGUGUAGAAGUUCCUAAUUCAGACUGCAGUCUACCUACCAAAGUCUUCUGGAUUGCUGGGAUUGUGAAAUUAGCAGGUUACAAUGCUUUACUAAGAUACGAAGGCUUUGAAAAUGAUUCAAGUCUUGACUUCUGGUGUAACAUCUGCGGUCUUGACAUCCAUCCAGUUGGUUGGUGUGCAACCAGUGGGAAGCCCCUAGUACCACCUCGAUCUAUUCAGCACAAAUACACAAACUGGAAAGCUUUCCUGGUGAAACGACUUACUGGUGCCAAAACUCUUCCUCCUGAUUUCUCUCAGAAGGUGUCGGAAAGCAUGCAGUAUCCUUUCAAGCCUUCUAUGAGAGUAGAAGUAGUUGAUAAAACACACCUCUGCCGAACACGGGUAGCAAUUGUAGACAGUGUAAUUGGAGGCAGGUUACGAUUAGUAUAUGAAGAAAGUGAAGACAAAACAGAUGACUUCUGGUGCCAUAUGUAUAGCCCACUCAUUCAUCCCAUAGGUUGGUCUCGAAGUAUAGGACAUCGUUUCAAAAGAUCUGAUAUCAGCAAGAAACAUGAGUCUCACUUUGAUGCACCCCCACAUUUAUUUGCUAAGGUAAAAGAUACUGAGUCAAGUGGAGAAUGGUUCAAGGAGGGGAUGAAAUUGGAAGCCAUAGAUCCAUUAAACCUUUCUGCAAUAUGUGUGGCAACGAUUAGAAAGGUAUUAGCAGAUGGAUAUCUUAUGAUUGGAAUUGAUGGCUCUGAAGCAGCAGAUGGGUCUGACUGGUUUUGUUACCAUGCCACCUCUCCUUCUAUAUUCCCUGUUGGUUUCUGUGAAAUUAACAUGAUAGAACUCACUCCACCCCGAGGUUAUGCAAAACUACCUUUCAAAUGGUUUGACUACCUCAGGGAAACAGGUUCUGUAGCAGCCCCUGUGAAGCUCUUUAACAAGGAAGUUCCAAACCAUGGGUUUCAUGUUUCAAUGAAACUGGAAGCUGUGGAUCUCAUGGAACCUCGUCUAGUCUGUGUGGCCACAGUAACGCGCAUUAUCCAUCGUCUGUUGAGGAUACAUUUUGAUGGCUGGGAAGAUGAAUAUGAUCAAUGGGUAGAUUGUGAAUCUCCUGACCUCUAUCCUGUAGGUUGGUGUCAGCUAACUAGUUACCAACUACAGCCUCCUGCAUCACAAUCAUCAAGAGAUAACCAGUCAAGUUCCUCAAAGCAGAAGAAAAAGUCUAAGUCUCAACAGUAUAAAGGACAUAAGAAAAAGAGGAAGAUACCAGUUGGGAAGAAGCCUGUCAGUUUGACGAGCGUACCCAUGACAGGUGGGGUACGGAGGAGCUUCUCUGGUGAUGAAGAGUUGACUCCUCAGUAUCGAACCCUUCCAGCACAGACAGCCCCGGAGGCCUGCCAGCCUCCCAGGACUAGCAGAGAGUUCAGUCCCAGCCUCAAAACAGAGAAUCAUCUUGAAAAGCUGUAUUUGUACCACUGAAUCAGUCAUGUUGAAAGAUCUGAAAAAAAAAUAUAUUUCUGAAAGGCAUGCAAUUAAAUCUCUACAGUUCCUGCCAACAGUUCCUUAGGGUAAUUUGUUGAACUGCCUACCUGUUUUGAACUACUUAUUCAUAGGAAUGCCACUUUUUGGAUCUAUAUCUAAGAUCCAGUUUUAAUAUAUACUUAGUAAAAUGGUGUUCACCUCUGGACUUUAAGAAAAUGUAAGUUACAUGUACUAUCCUUUAAUGUUUUGAUUUUUGAGCUUCCAUUUUUAAAUGUAAUAUACUUUCUCUGUGUGUGUGUGCAUUCUCUAGAAACAAAGGACUAAUCCUUAUAAAUGUUUAGCAACUUUUAUUUAUCCUUUUCUUUAAAAGGCUGUAAUAGGGAUCAGAAAUGGAUCAGGCUUUAAUUAUGCAAUGUUGAUAAAAAUAUUAAAUGUAGAACUCUAGCAGCAAACAGACUUCUACCGAAAGCAAAAGGCCCUUUACUAAUGCUACACCAUGAAGGAAAACAGAUUGUGUGACCUUGAUACAUAUAAGGUGGACUUGUUCUUUCACACUGCAGUGCCAAACAGAUUUACUUAUUUAAGGGUACAGCCCCAUGCAUGUUUAGACAGAAAAAAGUCCUGCUAUUCCGAGCAUUCCCUAGCUAGCCUAUGGGAGUUUUUGUGGAAAUUUCCUAUGUAAACAUGCAUAGCACUGGGGUCUAAGUUAACAGUAUCCCAUUAUUCUACUAAGGAGCUGAAGGCAACAUGUGUGAGAGUUUUAGGAACUAACUAAAGUCAUGCUGAUUUGCAGACAGAACAAGGCCGCUUUGACUUGUGUCUUCCAGCCAUACCCAGCUGGGAUUCUUUUUGACUUCACCUUGGCAACUAAACUGAAAUGAAGUUCUUUGAACUUAGCCAUCUAAAGGAUUAGCCAAGGGGUUGCCAGAUCUAAUGUGAUUGCUCCUGCCUAUCAACAUCUCUUGUAAUGCUGUGAAAGUAAAAUUACUUACCCUGCUAAAGCUAUACCUCCCCUGCCACACAAAUGCUAUUUUGGUGCAACUGUUAAGGGUAUUGGAGCAAAUAUAGUAAUUCUGAUUUGAGGUACCCUUGCCACAACUAAGUGGUAUGGAUUGGAUCAAAUUUCUUGGAGUAAAGAUUCAAAUAAUAUCAUUGUCAUUGCCAUUAAUGACAUUUCUAAGCAGUAAUGAACUUUUGUAACUGCUUCCAAGUUACUUUCUUCAACUCACUGUAAAGCUGGUUUAUUAUCAUAUAAUAAAAAGAAAAAUACCUCUUUUCCCCAGAUACUGUUACUAAUUAUCAGUCACUGGGUCUUUUUGUCUUUCUAGCAAUGGGCAGUAUCCAACACUACUUCUCUUUUUAUGCCUUUGAUGCACCACUAAUUUAUGUGGCCUCCAGAGAAAGCCAUUGUGCCAAUUCCCACUGUUAGUAUGCCACCAGACUGUCUCACUUACACUAGUGAGACAGCAAUAACAUAAAUGGAAUGGCAGUGCAAAAUACUGCUGUAACAUAAUUUUUAAAACUAGCUUUUGGCAAAUUAUUGGGUUCACUGUGUUUUUGUACCAACUAAAAAGUAUAAAACAUUCUGGUUAUUUUCUUCGUUAAAAGGAUCAAGCAGUCGAACCCUACCGAAGGGGGAGGUUGUGUUACUUUUUCUGAGUCCGUGUUGGCAGGAACCAUAAAUACGGUGAUCUGAUGUCUUGAAAUGCUGAGCAAACUUGUGGCUUGACAAAUAGACCUCUUACUUUUUGUCAAACCACCCUGUACUUCUGAAUUUCCGUAAGGUUUAACAGUGGGUUUAGGGAUUCGUCUGUACAUCCACAGCAUGGGAUAAAGCUGAAGAAUCACAACUUUAGAGAAUCCAAAAAGGAAUUUACUAUUGUCCUGGGCCACAAUCCAGCGUUAUAACAAAGGCUGCUACUCAAUUUCAAAAUUAGUUUUCAGCUGGUAUACAAAUUAUUGCCAUUUGGAGAAAUCAAGUCCACCAGGCAUGCUAAUCAUGUGUGCUUUUCCCUUCAGGGUCAGUGUGUCCUUGAAGUCCAACCACUGCUUGUCUGAGAUACUUAUAAGUUGAAUAUGAAAUGGGUAGGGAAUGAGACUGUAGCACUCUUUUCCUGCUGGAGCCUACUCUGAAGAAAAGUCUCAGCAGUGGAUUAGCUUCCACACUCUCCAUGUGAUCUUCCAUGAAGCUCCUUCCUUUCCCCACACCCCUCCAGGGAGUGGUGACUAUCAAGCGAGUUGUAGAAUGGGCAUAACAGGUGGGCGACAGCUGAACAGGAUGCUGCACUUUUGUGGUUCUGUUAAGUAGGCAGAAUAAAGGCAUCUACUUCACUUGUGAUGACUAAGGGCAACGUAUGUGGGAUAGGGAUUAAAGUUUACACUGAGCAAAUAGUUGAAUAUGUAUAAUUUUGUCAUUUUUUAAUAUUUAAAUUCUUUAAAUUUUAUUUAGCAGAGGAAAAUGUGUCAGCAAGGAAGAUGAUAUAGAACUGUGCUAAGAACGAAAUGAACUGGCCUGUAUGUUUUAGUAAGGUUCCAAGUAGCACCAGGUUGUACUUUGAGACUACAUUACAACAGAGACUCCUUUGUACCAUUAAAAGACACGUAUGUCCAUGUUUGUAACACAAGCUACAAUACUGGAUCAGAGCAAAGAUCAACUGAAUUUGCCAUCUUGUCGUCAAAAGUAGCUACUAAUGGAUGAUUCAGAAGAAGUGCACAAGAAAGUUACAGUAUAAUCUGCUCUCGUAUCACUCCAUUCUUUCAGCCAGGGCUGUAAAAUCUUUGUAUUAUUCCUUUAGUUAUUUGAUCAUCAGUCAUUUGAGACUGCAUCACAACAGUCGUCUUUGUACCCUUUUUGAUGCUUCUUAUUAAACUUGGUCAAUGUUUUGUUUUGCCACCUUGGUCAGUAAAUGUCACAUUUUUAAUGUGGUUGUCUAUAUGGCCAUAUGUUAUAUAACAUUUUUAACAAAAAGUUUUUUUAAAACAAUGGUCAGAAUUAGGUUUAGAGAUUGUAUUAAAUAUAACAACCUUGUGCAAUAUACCAUAUUUUGAUGGUUUUCUACUAUCACAGUAAAAUAUAUGCUGAUUUAAGGAGCAGUUCUCAGCUGUGAAGAAGGAUAUGGUGGCCAAUUGACUGCCAGACAUGAUUUGGUUGAUUGGGUUGGCUAGUGGUAUCCCUGCCCCAUCCUGUUCCCUUCAGGACAGGUAAUAACAUGAAAAUCUAAAUUGAACAUAAAACUAAAUGUCCCUUAACCCAUUUAAAAUGCUAUAAUAGAGUUAAACAUUUUACCAUGUUUCUCGGAAAAUGUAUAACUCUUUUUUUUCAAGAAAAAGGGGCAGCCACUGAAUACAGGUUGUCUUUGUGCUUAGUUGGAUUAUAAUAUGGUUUUGGCAUAGCCAAGCAGGUACUCAGGUGAUCUAAAAGUCAGUCCGCAGUUCAGAAACAUUUAGUAAUGCUUAGUGAGAAAUGUGCCCCCAUAGUAAUGGAAUGAAGUGUGUUUAAAGUCACAUGUUCUUCGUCUUGCACGGAAAGAAUUUGCACAUUAGGGAGAGCUGGUGUAGAAAAGCCUUGGCUAUUGGGCAGCAUAGAGCUGAGCUGAGCUGGGCUCAGGCUUGCACUCAAGAGUCCUGUUGGCACUGGAGGAAAGGUGCCGGGCAUGUGGUUUUCUUCCAUUCUUUUCCUCCCAGCAGCAUCUCUCUUGCUGUUCCAGAGCUUGACUCCUAAGGAAGUUCCACUGGAUUAUAAUGAAAUAUAUCGAUUUGAGUCAGAAGUAAAAUGAAAUGGCAAAAGCCAAAUGUUGAUUGAAGUUGUUUUUUUAAAUUUUCAGAUAGGUCUUUAAAGCCACAAAUGCAAUCCUGGGUAGAAGCGGGGUUCUCCCUGUCUUUUUCCUGCAUAGAGGCCUUUGAGUGCAAAAGAGAGCUGUGUAGGGCAAAAGCAAAGCUUCAGGUGCAUCACUACCUAUGGCAAUCCACAUUUAACUGGGCCUGUGUGUUCCUGCCAAACAGGUGAUUGCUGUGGUUAAAGCCAGCCAUUGCCACCUUUGAUGAGAUACAUGCAUAUUCCAUGGUCAGUUUUGUGGGAUCUGGGUCUUUAUGUGCUUAAUGCAGGAAGCAAUGCUGCUGUUUUAUUCAGCAUGCUUUAAGGCAGCACCCAGAAGGAUGCAUGCUGGGCGCUGCCUUAAAUACACAUGUUUGGUGUAUUUCUUUGUAAGAAAGAAUAAACCAUCCUGAGGGACUUAAAAGCAAUCAUAGCAAAAGAAGAGGCAAAGCCAAAGAAGUGGGAUUGCAUAGUCUUCAAGAAAAAAUGAAUGAGACACAGAACAGUAGCUUUCAAAUCCAUAAAAGGCUGUCUGUAAAUAAGAGGAUUGUGUCAUGGUCUUAGACUAGUUCAGAUGCCAAGAUUACAGCAGUUACAUUGUAUUUUACUGGAGCCUUAAAAUUCACCAGCUGCAGCCUGAUACAAAAGACCUAUGCUUAGAAUUAAAGAAUUCUCAUCCUGGUAAUUUGGUUCAAGUACCAGAACCGAGCAGAGUUCACAGCUAUUCCACAUAUUAACCCACUCUCAUGCCCAUUUUUUUUUUUUAAGAUUUCAAGAAUAAAAUUUAGAGCAUGAAGGUAGGGGAGGGAGGGAGAGCCACAUUGUUGUGGCUAUUGAGAGUCAGAAAUCCUUGUUAAUCUGCUGAAAAUCAUUAGCAAUCUAUCAAUGGCUCCCAGUCUUUUACCUUCAUAUUCCUGGGCUAGAUGACCAAAGUAGUUGCUUCCAGAUGAAUUCAUUCUACUUGUUCGGUUGAAGUUAUGGAAAUAUGUGAUGUAGCCCAUUUGAAUCUGAAUAGUAAUCCACCAAUCUCAAUAUCCUAUUUUAGGGCUAGUUCUUAUUCAGGUUUGUAAACUUGUAACUGAACUGUAUCACUCUUCAGACUGGGUGGGCUUACGUUAUAGGAGUGCUUCAUACCCCCCAAAUUCCCACCCUUUACAUAGAAAGGUCUGGGAGAAGGUUUUCUAGCCUAGCUUUUUCCUAAUGUGCUUAAUCUGUAUGCAGAAGAUCAUUUGUUAAAACUAGCAAGGUGUUUAUUGACAAGUAAAGAUAAAUAUCCAUACAAUUCUCAUUCUGUCACUGUACAUCUGUGCUGUAUUCCAGCUUUCAGAAACCACCUGUGCAAUUGUAAUUGUGUCCCACUUUGAAUCUUAAACUCUUAACUUGGGUGAAGACACAGGGUUAUGACAUUAGUAAUUUGAAUUACAUAGGUAUUUUGCAACAUUCCUAGCAUACUAUUUUUAAAGCAAGUCUAAACAUUCCACUUCUUGACUUGCCCUGUCUUUAAAAUUAUAUUAAUUUCUGUGUAGCCAAAGAAAUUUUCAUUAAUUUUAUUUGUAAAAGUCAUGAUUUUAUCUAGUAUAGAGGAAUGCAUCUGUUUUCAGAGUAAGUGGUAGAUUUUAAAAUCGGGGAGCUUUAUGUGAGACAAGGGGCUUCUUUUCUAAGAUGGUACCUGUAGCUUGAAAAGAAUUUUUUGAAAAUAACUUUCUUUACUUAUGUUUAAAUGUGUGCAUCUUUGAUAUAUUGAAACCUUUUUGAAUGUACUUAAUGGCAAUCACAGUAGAAAUCCUUAGGAUAUUCCUGUGUCUACUUUUCCUUUUAUUCUCACCCCUUCAAACACACACUUUUCCUCCUUUCUUUUCCUGGUCACAUUUUCUAUUUCAGUCCAGGAGUUCAGUGUUAGCAUUACUGUGACAAAUUUGGCAAUUACACACUGCGUUACUCUCAGAAGUAACUACAAAAGCUGAAGCAUUGUAGAAAAUGUAUAGCCCCGGAACUGAAAGGAAACGUGUUACACCCCAUUUCUUCAAAUGUUCACCUAUUUGUAUAUUUUUAAGUGUUUUCAUGUUUAGUCACUUAUUUUUGUUCUUAACCUUUCUCGUGUUUAGUUUCUUCACUGCAGCUGAAGGAGGAGUUGCUAGAUGGAGAGGAAUACAGCUUUCUUCAAGGCGCAUCUGAUCAGGAAAGCAAUGGGUCAGCCAGCCACUACAUCAAACAAGAACCUUAAGGGCAAAUCAGGGCAGGAUGGUACAAAAAGAGCCUUUCUUCAAGACUGACCUUCCCAAUCUGAUGAUACAGUUUGAUGGCUUCUACUAAGGGCACUUUGCUAACUGCAGAUAAGAUUUCAAUUCAGAAUUUUUGGUGGAUGAGGAAACUAUUUUAGUGAAAAAAGAAUUUUUCAAUUUAUUAGGAAAAAAAGGUUGACACUUUUGUGUUGUAUUCGAAGCUUUUAAAAGAAUUUUUGUAAUAUUUUCGAGUUCAGAUUUAUUGUGCAUUGUUAAAAAAUAAAUUUCUAAUUUUUGGUAAAAUUAAAAGCUUAACUAUAGCAGGAUUGCAGGAAACCCUUUGAGGAAGAAGAGGUGGUAGUAUAGUCAAACGCAAAUGAACUGUUUGUAACAAGUGAACCUUCUGGUACAAGCUGGGAGAUUCUGAAUUUUAAAGCUACACUAGUCAUAUCCUGUCUUUUCUACAGUGAAACCAUGCUGUAGGGUUUUAGGGUGGGCAAUAUAUACCAAAAUAAGUUGAAAAAUGGAGCCUGAAAAGAAUUUCCUCUAGAAGUGGCAACAUAAAAGACAAGCGUCUGCUUAAGAUUCUGGAGAAUCAGGCCCUGGGCCAAAUCUUUGCUGAAGCCAUUUGGUAUCGGACUGGAUACUGCUGCAUCGUGGGUUUCCUGCUCCUCUUUUGAAGGCUUGGAAUAGCUAUUGAUGGAAAGGAUCAGCAAAGCUUCAAAGGAUCACCUGCAGAGGGUACAAGCUUAGGAAUCAUUUUUCUUGUGCAAGAAAAGGGGGAGAGACUCAAAAGACCCUUUUCUUCCAGAACAUUGACAGGCUUUGUUUUCCGUUUUAGUGGAAGUCACAGCCACUGACGAGGUAAAGGCUGGAGGAGGAGGAGGACAGAACUCUGCUCCUGAACACCACGUUUUGCUUCCCUCCCCUUGAGCCGGCCUAAAGAUGGCCUUGGCCCUGCUUUAGGCAUCAUCUUCUUCUUGACUUCGCUACUGAUUCCCUUUUCAAGCAAAAUGUUUUCAAACUCUGAUGUGACAUGGAUGCGGAGUUACCUGGAAGCUUUUGUCCGAGAAUCAGAUCUGUGUGGAUAUUACCAGAUGGCUUCAUUCACAGACUUUAACAUGCUGACAUUUCCACUUUGCGGUGUUGUGACAGGAUGAGGUGUGUCAAGAGUUUUGCUUUUACCAGUAAGGUUCAUUAACUAAACUCUCAGGAAUUAACUGCUUAUGUUCUGUAACUGCUUCUGGGUCAUAGUAAGUCCUCUUUAGAGCAGUAUAACUGUCAAAUUCUUGACUCUAGGGUAGAAGUUAGAAAAAAAAUCCUAUAGAGUAACCUCUACAUCCUUUAAGCCUAAUGCUUUACAACUAGCAACUCACAAUGCCCCAGAGACAACAUUUUGGCAUAUAAAUGUUUUGAAUUUUUAAAAAAAUGCAUAGAAAGUUGAAAACCAGCAAUUUUGAUUUAUUUCUUAAUUAACUUGCUCUAUUGUUCGGUACAGACCAUUGGUGAUAUGCAAAGGUUUACCACAUUCUAUGCAAGAGGGGAUAAUGGUUUAAAAUUUUGUAUUAACUACUGGAAGUACAUUUUUUCUGUAUAGUAUAGAAUGUAUGAAAACAGUUUCUUGUCAUUUUUUUCUUCAUAUAGCUGGGCCAUUUUUGACAACUGCUUUAUGUAUACAUAUUUUUAAAACUGAGUAUCAGGUGUCAAAUACUUGUGAAUCUAGGUGGCAAUUACAUACUUUACGUCUCUAAAAAAUUAUAAUGUUCACAAUCUAGAGAAGUGUGAGGGUAGAUCUGGGCUUAACUGAGCUGCCUUUUCUUUCUUCCCAACCACCCUCUUUGGGUAGAAUGCCCUCCCCGCUCCACAAGUGCUGCAUUGUAGCUGUUUUGGAAACCGCUUCAGUUUAGGAAAGCAGCUCCUAAUGCCACAAAAGAGGGCUGUUCUUGGGGGAGCAGAGUAAAAAGCUGUAGUGUGUGCGUGUGCAUGUGUGCACACACUCACAUGUAUAUAUGCACAAGUUCAACUGGAUCACAACCAAUAUUUCCAAGUCGCAGUCAAGGCUGUCCUGCAAUCCCUCCCUCCUUUCUCUCUUGUGCAAGUUGUACUUGAGAGCACCAUUUCUUCCAGCCAGUGCCUCCCGGACUGAGGAUGGGUAUCCACACAUCUGAUGUAAAGGGGAGACUCCAGGGGGAAUUGGAGCCAAGACAUGGUAGGGAUCCCAUCUUCCUCCUGUCUUAUCCACCUUGCCUGUGCAGAGUGGAUGUGAUAAACUCUAUGCAGGACUGGCAGGACGAAGGCGAUGGUGCUCAAGGGCCAGCAGUGUGGCACUUGUCUCAGAGGUUAACUUGAAAGGAUUUAGUAUUAGAACUUGUGAAAGUAUUUCUUCUGAUUUCAACAGGGACCAGUUGCAUAUGUAACACAGCUUAGAAAGAGAUGCAGAACAAUGCUCACAUGAAUGUCAUCUGUCAUGAAGAGGAGAAGGCCAGAGUGAGAACUUGAUGUGUGUAUAAAACAAUUCUUGUUUAGUCAUACAAUGAACAGUAUGCAUCCUCUAGGUAGUGCUGCUCCCUUUUUCCUGACAUAAACUUUAUAUCUUCCUAUCUGUUAGAUGGGCAGAAAUUUAGAAGGUGCAACUUUCCUCAUUACUGCACAUUUUCUACUUGGAAAACGUCACAUUAAAUUUCUGUCAAUCAUGCAGCCGUAAAGACACAGACCCUUCGUCAGUUUGAAAGGCGGCAACCCUACUUCUACCUCUAUUGAAUAUGGCAGCUCCUAGAGAAUCCACAGCUAAAUGUAAUCCCUACCACAUCAGCCUAGAAAGUGAAUCUGAACUCAGACUAACCUGCUGGACCUUUUUCGGCCUAGAAUCAUGUUGCAGGGGGAUAAACUUGACUAGUGCUAGGCUAUUAGUCCUCAGGUUUUGAAAGCAGAUCUGCGGAUUUAUAUCCAGUUGGUGGCACUGCCAAACUAUUGUGAUUUUUUUUCCAUUUCUGCCUGUGGGUAGGAUUGUAGAUCCUGAAACGUAUGUGCAUAUGAUACAAAUGUUAAAUAUGAAAAAUCACUUCUGUUAUAAUUGCUUCUAACUUAAAUUCCAUGAAGCUUUCUUGAAUGAGCUUGCAGAUUAGUUUAUCCUAGGAAACUUUUUUAAAAGUCUUGAUUCUGAGCAACAGCUAUUUGUGGCCUCUUUAACACAGCAGACUGGGUGGCAGUGAACUUUCUCAGUCCUGGUUUAGCUGCUUUGGUAUGCAUGCAUUUUGGUAUAAUUUAGCUCUACAAACAUUUUCUUUUUAAGUUACUGUGAACUAAAUGCAAACAUAUUGGGAUUGUGUUGGGGUGGGAAGUUGGUCACGGGCUUGAUGCCCGUACUGAUGCUAAGGGUCAGCUGGUAAUUUCAGUAUUUGGCACAAGGCAGGGUGUUUUAAACAAGAUGGCACCAGAGAUGAGGUAAGUUAUGUUGUAAGUGCUCCUUCUUUCUACAGCUCAGAAUUUUACAGCUGACUUUUUUAUGUUUUAAAUUUCCUUGCUGAAAGCAAAAGCAGUUAUCAGUUUCUUGUUCUAUUGAUACUAACACGGGUUUCAGUGUUUGUUUGUUUUUAUUGUUGUCAUUUUUAUGUGAUGUGAACACCUUCUCCCAUCAAUAUUUGUAUUAUGGUGCUAAUAUAUUUGGUAACAAUCCUUUAUUGGAAAGGGAUUAAAACUGUGAUUAAAUUGAUUUUUUUCUUUUUAAUUUUCAUAUUUAAGUCACAACCAUUUAUAAAAAAAGAAAAAAUCAACUUCUGCAUCUGGGAAAACUGUAUCAGGACAGAAGUUUUAAAAAAUUAAAUAGGGUUUUUACAUCAUUUCUGUAUGUAUUUGAUAUAUAGAUCAAUAUGUGUAUAAAUUUAAUCUUUUAUUUUCUUGGUAAUUUGUGUGGUCAAAUGGGAGCAUUUUAAAACCUCUAAUGAAAUGUACAUAACUCAAUGAAAAAUGUUUUUGAAGAAAUUAAUGUUACUUUCAUUUUUACCAGACUGCAGAUUUUCAAGCAUGGAUGUGAAAAAGCAUUAAAAUUAUAACUUUGUGUACAAGAUGAAAAUAAUUCACUAAAUUUGCCUUUUUUUACACAAAAUAAAAAUGCUAAAGUAAAA